CUGACUUUUAUAUCAUUUAUUUACCUUCCAUAGCAUCUUGACAAAAACCAUUUCUUGAGUAACGAACGGCGACGUUUUUUAAUUUUUCUAAACAAUGCUCUGCUCUCUGUCCUGGUAAGUGUUGAGUGUUACAUCGCUCUUACUGGGGUUUUGUUUCUUGGUCAGUCAGUUUCGGAGUGUCCUCCGCUGCUGCUGGAGUUGGAGAGUAAAAUAGGUGAGAUUCUUCUUUUACCAUCUAAUUUCAAUAUCCAUGUUUCAUUUUCUUUGUAAACCUAUUCUCCACAGAAAUAAUGGUUGCUUUAUCAGUGCUCAAAACUCAUCAAUUGUUUUAUUAUCAUAUGCUUGUGUUAGAUAUAUGUCAAGUGAUGGGAAUCAACACUCAUUUACUGUUUCUUAUCUAAUAAAAACAUAUGGAUUUUCUCCAGAAUCUGCUUUAUCAAUUUCUAAAAGAGUCAAUUUUGAAGACCCUAAAAUACCUGAUCUUUUUCUGUCAUUUUUCAAGAACCUUGGAUUCUCACAAACCCAAAUCUCUAAAAUAACCAGAAAGUCCCCACAAACUCUAUCAGCCAAUCUUGAGAAAAGUAUUUUCCCUAAAGUUGAGUUCUUUAUCUCUAAAGGUGCUUCGACAACUGGCCUCAUAAGAAUCUUCACUCUUUAUCCUUGGCUCUUUAGAAGAAGCUUAGAAAACCAGUUGAUUCCUUCUUUUAAUUUCUUCAGAGACUUCCACCAUUCUGAUGGAAAAACCAUUACAGCAAUCAAACGGUUUCCUCAUAUUCUAAUGCUUCAGCUUGAAGCUGAUGUGACACCUAAUAUCAACACUUUGCGUGAAUAUGGAGUUCCUGCAUCAAAAGUUUCAUUGUUCGUUCAUUGUUUUCCUCAAUUAAUUGGGACGAGAGCAGAUAUGUCUAAAAAGAUUGUGGAGGAAGUGAAGAAAAUGGGAUUUGAUCCAUCAAAGUCUAAGUUUGUUGUAGCAAUAACAGUGUUAACCGGAACAAGCAGAUCAAUGUGGGAUAGGAAGGUUGAUGUUUAUAAAAGGUGGGGCUGGUCUACUGAAGAUAUUUAUAGAGCCUUUGCAAAGAAUCCAUGGUGUAUGACAAUUUCUGAAGAUAAGCUUAUGGCAGUAAUGGAUCUCUAUGUCAACAAAUUAAAUUUAGAAUCUUCUGUCAUUGCGCAUCGCCCUUUGCUGCUUUCACUGAGCUUGAAGAAGAGGCUUGUUCCAAGAGCUUCAGUUAUUCAGUUUCUAUCAUCUAAAGGUUUGAUUAAAAUGGAUUCUGGUAUAACUAGAGUGUUCGAGUAUACAGAGAAGGAUUUCAUGGAAAAGUGCAUCAAUUGUUAUGAAGAAGCACCUCAGCUACUGAAGCUACAUAAUGAGAACUUGGAGCUUUCUAAACAGCUAGUUGAUAUGCAACAGCGAAUGAGAAAGACAAACUUUGGCCCUUUUGCAAAAAAUGUUAGGAGCAGCUAGUAAGUAAUAACUGAUAAUCACUGUGGAUAAGCUUGUAGGUGGUAGGUGCUGAUUGUUAAUUGAUCUGAGGGCCUCUACUUUGUAGGAACUUGAUUGUUUCUAGUUGAAGAGCACCGCUAAUAGAAGUGACCAAAUGCAAAUGCAACUUUUGAGUAUUCACUUAUUUUUCUAUUCUUGAGUGAAGCUCAAACUCAUCUUGAGUGAGGUCUAUCUGUCUAAUGAAGUAAACCAGUAAUUUUGUUA